AAUAGAAGUAGCUGACGCUGCAGUAAGUAGAUACGUAUCCCGAAGGAAAUGCAAAAUGGAAACGCGGCAGUCAUGACCUCCGCGUCUCGUGGAGACGCAGGCACGAGACCACGCGACGCCCGUGCCACCUCGAAGAAUGCAUAUUUGCCGAGUUUGCUCGUGAUCUCCUGUUCAGCGUCGUCAUCUCCAACAAGUCGUCUUCAAGCAGCAUCGUGAAAACAUCGCGAUCGCCAUGCCGGUGCCACAGCUCGACUCGUCGGCCCCUUCGGCCGUUCCCUCAGCCGUUGCUGGGAAGGUUUUGUCGGUGAGGGAGCUCAUACGCGCAAAAGAAAUGGAGAUGCAGAGUUUGAAUGCCACACAUUUUGAGGAGUUAGAGACUUAUGACUGGAUGCAUGAUGGGACUGAAGACAGGAUAGAUGAUGAUGAUAAUGGGUGGACCAUCCACGAGUUUUCUACUACUUACGAGUUUUCUACCACGAGUUUUCCAGGACGACGAAUCUGUUCGAACUUUUCAAUUUAGAUUUUUUAGAUCAUGAUUCAUCGCACCACGACUACUUACACAUAGACUUGCGUCUAGUACUGCGUGAACACUCUAAAUUGUGGUCAUCCAGGAACGGGAGAAGCAGGUGACACAGCUACGUGGAGACUUUGCAAGACUGCAAACUGAUUUUCAGUACAACUUGAGCCUGCUUGCGGAUAGAGACAAAGAGCUGCAGCAUCUGGAGAAGCAAGAUGUAAAUUUGCAGAAAAAGUUGGCAGAGAGGGAGACAAAGCUGUUUUAUGAAUGACAGUAUAAAUAGUCAUACGGACGUUGUAGUUCUUGGCUGAACAGGGAGAAGCUCUUUCCAUGGCGGUUCGGCGUCCUUCUGAGUCAUCUCUUGCUUUCGCGCCGGCGCCGUCCUUGCCUGGGUCCUUUCGUGGUCCUGCGGGAGCUUCAGGCCAGACAGACACCGCAUUAGCACGACCACAGGGGCAGGCGUGGAGUGUUUUUCCAAUCAGCCGAAAAAAGCCCGGCGCUCGAGUGGGCGAUCGCCUGGGCUCAGACGUUCCAGAAGGUAACACGGGGAAAAUUUAGCGCCAGCCUGCGGGGAACAUUCAGCAAAGUACUCGGCUGGCAGUAGGUUCCCGCGAGUCCCUUGGGCUGGUUUGGUUUGCUUCGUCUCUCUUUUCAUUUCCGAACACAUCACGCCGCCAGCACUCUCCACGCUGACGAUACAGACAGCGCCAGGCGCGUCGGUUCUUUUUUUGGUUUUACGAAUAGGGGCCGCGUAAGGCCGGGCAUGUCUUUGAUCACCGCAGCGCGCGGCGCGGAAAGGUUUUGCUAAGUUGAGAGCGCGGAGCCGUUUCGCGGGCUGGCUGUGGUGGAGUAUGGUGCCGGGGGGCAGGAGCUGGGCGAGAAGGCCCCCGGCAGGAGGCAGCUGCGGCGAUACGGCGGCCCCAUGUGGCUGCGGGCCAAGACCAAGACCCCAGGGCGGAAGUAUCACGGCAGAACUUGGCUGGGCACAGAGGAAAACGGAGGGAGGCGGCGCAGCCAACCGCCGCAGGGUCGCGCGAUCUCCCUGAAAAAGUGACAGCGUUCAACACUUGCAAAAGUGCGGGCAGCCGUCGGCCUUGCAGUGUCGUGCUCGGCGAUGCACGUGGUGGCCCAUCAAGUAGACACGCGCCGACCCGCUCGAGGGAGUGGGCGCGCCACCUGGGAAGCCGCGGCGCGCCACUUCAUCACUGCGCCUGCCUUGCUUGAGCCGCUAGGGCUAGGGAACUCGGCUGCCCCCAGUCGCAGCGUGUGCAUGCAGCUCGCCGGUGGUUGGGUUAGUAGACUGGGCUUUUGGAAAAAGUGGGGCUAGCGGCGGCAGGUUUUGAGAUGCCGCCGCCCCGUCAGAAGGUUAAGCAGGGCAGACGCCUGCGUGUGAAGAUAUGCGGCGCCGCGGUUGCUUGAUCACGAGAGGCCCGCGGGGGGCUUCGGUUUGCGCGGAUAACGGUGCGGCGCCAACCUCGCAGUGCGUAUGAAGUAAGGACAACCAGGGCCCGCCCACGCGGCCCGCGCUCUGUCCAGGGCCGCGGAAAGGCCAGCCACCUAUGAGCGCGAUGGGGUUCAAACUGGUACCCAGUUCGGCCCGCCGCUCCAGGUCUCCUGCCUGAGGGAGAAAUGCAGGGCGCCACGCUUGGGGAUCGAUGUCCCGCGUGUGUCUUUACAGCGCUGCAGGCUUAUGCACCAGGAGAGCGGACUGAACAGAGGGGGCCAGCCCCUGCGGGGCUGCUCCUUCGUAGCAGCCUCGCGCGGUUGUGGCGGGGGGCUCCUCUUCUUUCAAUUUCAUAGCACCGGACACACAAGCAUGGUGUCCGGGGGUGCGUCAUGUUCUCAAAGUUUUUCUUUGCUCUUUUUCUUCUAUCAAAGCAAAGCUGGCGAAACAUUGGCAACGGGAAUCUAUUCGAGCAUACAUACUGGGGUUGCAGUAAAAACUGUGCAGCUGGUGUUGUAGAAUGCCGGCUCUAAUCCCCAGCGCUACAAGAACACCUGGAGCAAGUGCGAAUAGACCGAGACAGAGAAUCUGGAGAAAAAGAAGCAGAACUGAAGACGAUCCUCCAAGGAAGUGAAUCUUUAAAACGAAGAAUCACAGAACUGGAGCAUUUGGAUGCUAAGAAAGAUCUCGCACACAAGGAGCUGGUGGAGAAGGUACUAAGACCAGGAUGACUAUUAGAUCAUGAAUGUUUUAUGACUCUUAGAUUGAUACGUUGUUCUCUAUGACUCUGAGAUCAUCAGUUCUCUGUGAUGACGACCUAUUCGCUCUUCUACCUUAUUCGCUCUGCUACAUGUUUUUCAUUUUCGUGUCGCCCAUUGCGUCGUCGACAUCGCAUCAAUCAUCUGUUUCCACCAGCUCCGCACCAGUGCGAAGUCCCACGUGGCACAAAUGCAGCAACAGCAUGAGGAGCGACUACAGGAUAUGCAAAGACAGUUGCGAUCUGAAGUGGGCAUGCUCAGACAAGAGAGCGUGGCAAGGGAAGCAAUUUCGCAGGCGUCGUUGCAUGAGUUUUAUGAGGCAGACUAACUGGUAGAACGCUGAUAUUAUGUCGCUAUCUGCAUGUAGUUUCCUUUUAGUGCUACUCGGUGUUGUAGCUGUUGGCCACUUCCACAAGCUCCCCGUAACUGUUUUCUUUGAGGUACUUACAGCAGAUAUUGCAGUUGUACUUGCACGACCAUAUCGAGUACCACAAACUCUGCCUUGUUGUGGUACCUUCUAACUGCUCUGUCUGCACGAACAUAUCUACUACUCUAAGCCUUGCAAGACCGAGCAGAGACAGCGGCACGAGAGCUCGCACAUACGAUAGCGGAACGCGACGCGCUGCAAUCUGAGUCGACCGACGUAUGAAGGAGUAUGAACAAAUGAGAUUGUAGUUGUAGAUGCUUGAUUACGUACUACUCGAGGGUGGGAGAGUGGUUGUAGAGAUUCAUCUUCAUCAGUUUUGUACUAGGUGUAGUCCUACUUAUGAUUUUGAAUUGAGUGUGGUCCCAACUAGUUUCUAGAAGUUGCGUCAAAGGUGCUGGUGCUUUCUUUUUCAUCCUAGUUGCAGAGACGCUACCAAAGUACUGAACAAGCUCGCAAGCAUGCGACCGACUUGCUGGAGAAACUCACAGGUAUUAUUUUUGAGGGGUUCCCGUUUUCUUUCUUUUGCAUUGAAAUAAUUUUCCUCGAGCACCUGUUUUCAAAACCACGAAAUAAAGUGUCUCCAUAAUUACAACAUGAUCAUUUCUCGUGUACAAACUGACCACCAGUUGAGCACGACCGCAGCGGGUCCGCAUUUGACUCUGAGAGGCGUGACUUGGCUGCUAAAGUUGCUACUUUGGAAGCCGAAAAGCAACAACUUUCGAGUCAAGUGGUGGAUAUGCAGAAAGCGCAAGAUAUCAGGAAGCAGCAAAUGCUCCAGAAACAAAGAGAAACCCAAGAGCAAACGGUUCAGAUCCUGCAGAAGGAUGCGGAACAGCAAGUGUUACGGCUUCCGCUAACCCAUCGUCCUCGGUAGAAUCCUCAAGUAAAGGUGAGCUGCUCUAAAACUAGACGCUGUCAAAUCCGAUGCGAAUCGGCGGAUCCAGGAGAUGGAACGCCUGUGCAGGGAAAAAGUGGAUAGGGUGCGGAAGGAAUGCGAGGUACUGUAAAUAAACGGUUCUUUGUUGAAGAAACAAACAAGUGAAAAACAAGGAAAAAGAGAAGAGAAAGAUAAAGAAAGGAAUUGAUCUCGACUGCGAUAUAAUAAACUACUUUGAGGAUAAUUACCUCGUUCUCUUUUCUAUCUUCCUCUGGUCUUUCUUUUUGCUAGUUAGGUCGGCUCCACCGCAACUAUCGUCUUUUCAGACGUAGUUUGCUUCUUAUUUCUCGUGAUUCUUAUUUAACAUCAUAACGUCAACAUCAUGAUGAAACUACAGAUGAAACUACUAUCGCUUAUAAAAGGUACACAAACUCAAACAAAGUGAAAGUGAUACCAUGACCACCUCAACAUGCUGGUUUUAAGCAACACUUGUAAUCAUGUUUGCACCCUCAUUUAAUGAGCAGGUGAAAAUCCUAGCAGCGCGGGAAGAGUUGGAGCGGAGGGAGAGGGAGGAAACUGAGAGAAGGAAAGAACUACUAUCCGAAGCAACCGAGGAGCACAAGCUCGCACAAGCGCGGGUGGCAGAGGAACUGCGACUGAAGGAGCAGGAGGCGGCCAGCCUCAAGGACUCUCUGGACCGCGAACAGCGUGCAGCCGGACUGCGGUGGCAAGAACUAGAAUCCGUGAGAGCUACGUUGCUGGAGGAAGAACGCAAGACUAGAGCUCUCAAGACCGAGGUUGAGGCGUUAAAAGAUGCUCGGGAGCAAGACGAACGAAACCAUCGAAGGGAUCUAGAACGUCUACAUUAAGGCUACCGCUGGAGCAUCCUCUUCAACACCAUCGAUCCUUAGCCCUUUUUUCAAGGGGAAAAAGGGUCGAGGGAGGCUCUCAGGAAUGCGAACGCAGUACAACCUCUAAAUACAAGCAGAACUAGACUUUCAGCGAACGAUGGGCGGAUCAUCCUCGUCCAGCAAUGCGGAGAUGAAGGGCAGUUUUGAUCCUCUCUUUUCUGGGGAUUUCGGACCCGUCAUGAACAACAAGGGCGGACAGGUGGGAGGUUCAACCGGAACAAGUAAACUUCAACAACUUCCAGCACCACAUCAGCAGCAACAACUUCAACAUCUUCAAGUAGAACAGAGUAGAGAACAACUUUUAGCUGUCCGAAACGAGAACGCGGAGUUGCAGAAGCAACUAGUAGAAUGUCGCGCUGUGAUUCAGCAUAUGAGGAAAGCAGUAGAAGCGAGACAGUUGAAUCUAGAUGGUGGAGGAGGAGGUUCCGCUCGAGAACAGGAGUUAGUUGACAUGAACAGCACGCUGAAUUUGAACAGUAUUCAUGAUCAACAAGGUGUUCAGCACAAACCCUCAUCGUCAUCUUCAUCUGGCUCUUCAUCUUCAUCCGUCGUGGAUGCAGCAAGAGCUUCUGUGGAUCGACAAAAAGCGAAUCUUUUUGAUGCUCAUCAAAACCUUGGGCGGUCAACAUCCUCAAAUAUGGGCGGUUCUGAGCAAGCGUCGCCCGCUCUCGCGCACCAGAAUCUGCGUUAUCCGCCGCCAACGCAGGGUAGUGGUAAUGCAACCACGGGCGCAGCUCUGCAGCGGAUGAAAGAGCAUUACGACGGUUUGCUUUCCGCGAAAGAUGCAGAAAUCUGUAGCUUGAAAACGCGAAUUCAGGAACUCAAGCGGGAAGGUGAAUCUUUGCGCGCAGAAAGGUCAAAAUUGAUGGAACUAUCCAACAAGCUGAAAUAUGAAUUACAGGAAAUGGCGACGUCUAGUGCACCAGCUUCUGGCUCAGUAUUUUUAGGCGGAGUAGGACAGCCUGUAGAUCUUCCUCCGGUUCUUACGGGUAAUGACACCCCAAAUAGAACCAGCAUGCUACAGCAGUACCAGCAGCAGUCGAUGUAUCUAUCAACAUCAACGCCAAACGGAACAACGCCUGCCGGCAAUAAUUCAUCAAGUACUUCUAGGCCGAGUAAACACGUAUCCUUCGCACCUGCUGGUCAAGUGGAAAUCAAUGCCAUCCCAGCCAACAACAAUGAGAAAAGCGUAGCGAUGGAGACGAAGCUGUAUGCAGUGGAGCAGGCAUUGAGGAAUCUAGAGCAACAAAAUUUAGUCCUACGACAGGAGUUGGACUCGACGACGCACAAUAAUCGACAAAUGCAAAAACAGAUGUUGAUACAGGACAGUAGUGGUGCAACGUCAGGAGGAGUUGCUUCACACCAACAGGUGGAGUUAGAUUUUCAGCAUCAGUCUCAACAACCACAGUCCUCUUCAUCAGCAGCCUUUUCUUCCUCAGGAGUUGGAUCUAGACCAACAAGUGCCGAGCGUCCCAGAAGUGCACAGCGCUUGACUCGUGCACGAGAGAAGGUGGAAAUGGCGAAAUUGGAACUGAAUGGGAAGAGAAUAGAAGGUAGGAAAACUCACGAAGAUGGACGACACGGGCAUCUACAUGAUGGAGGAGCAGGAGGUGGACCCCUGCCCCUAGAAGUGGGCGGAGAAGAUGGCUUGAAUUUGAGUUCUCUGAUUGAAGAAAAUGCUAAGGCUGUUGCAGGAGGCUCUACUUCUGGUACAACUCUAUCUACGAGCAAAGUAAUAGGAAUAAACAGCGCAUCUUCCUCCUCAUCGUCUUCUAAACCAACAGGAGUACUGAGUACAGCCGAUAAACUGAAGCAUCUGCAGAAGAAGCGGCAGGAGCAAAGACUCAGGUCAGUGAGGAAUUGGGCCAAUGUGCCUCCUGAAGAAAGAGUGGAAGGAUGA